AUGGAGAAACGAGUUGGUGCCACUCUGAUACUAGUCCAACGCCUACAAUCGUCCAUUCGGCGUCGAGGGAUCGGCGCGUGGGUGGAGUGGGAGGUGCGGGGCAUGCGCGGCGGCUCCGUGCGGGCGGCCAAUGACGUCAGAGGAUCGAUCUGGCACGCUGGCCGGCGCAGCCUUCCCCGGCCGCUGUCACUCGGCCGCACGUGCGCCCGCGAUGUGACUUACGUAACGCGUGCUGUGGACUCCCGCUGGCAGCGCGCUCAUGUGCGGCCUAAGCUUCAGGACCAGGAACAGCCCUUCGCAGAAGACGUCACUCCGAUGGGGCGACAGCUGCACGCC